AAAAGCUCAGUAACAAACGCAUAUCCGUUGGUCGCACGCGCAGUUGGUUCCCGAUAGUACGCGGGCAAGAUGCGCGCGCCUCACGCUCCCGUCGCGAAGUUUACGCUCUUCAUUCUCUCUGUGGCCUUGGUACUUUGUCAGGAAGAUGAAGGGUAUAUUGCUGUCAUGGAUUACCAAGAUGACGCUGGUGCUAUUGAUAUAGUGGACAGCGAGACGUCGUGUCCCACCGACCGGCUGCUCCGCAUGAGAGAUAUGUGCCACUUCGACGGAGCUGACGUGCCCUGCAUCAGGCUACGCUGCUGCGAUGGCUACGUGCAUAUUGCUGGACGUUGCAUCCACAAGUCAGUAGACCCGUGCAGCCUGUCUCUAUGCGAGCAGUCGUGCGAGGUGCGCGGCGAAGACGUCUGGUGCACCUGCAAGCCUGGCUUCCGCUUCCAUGCAGACCACUACAGGAAGAAGAUACAGCCGUACUGUGUUGACAUAGACGAGUGUGCCGUGGACAACGGUGGCUGCGAGCAGGCGUGCGUCAACGACCCUGGUGGUUUCCACUGCGCGUGCUCGAAGCCAUACCGCCUGACGGUGGAUGGACGCUGCGAGCCGCCGCCGCCGUCCAUAACCCUACAGGAACCACUACCGUUAGUCCGGGCAUCAUCCAGAUGUUUCGCCCCGUGUGACGCAGUGACUCGGCUGGUGAGGAGAGUGAAGCAACUGGCAGAUCAACUGCAGACUUUGCAGGACGUGGUGAGGAAGAUGAGUGAGGAGCCAGGGUUGGGUGAACAUGACGACCGGUUCCCUGAAGGCACCUACUCCAACCGAGUACUGGAUUCCAUCGCCCCUCUGGAAGGGGGCUACUGCCGCUGUGAGCGGGGACCGCGGGGUCCAGCCGGCCCGCCAGGCAUGGAGGGCCCGCGGGGGACGGCGGGGGAGCGCGGGCCGCGCGGGGCGAGGGGGCCGCCGGGGUCAAUGGACUUCAUGCUACUGUUGGUGAACGAGCUCCGUCAUGACAUUACUAAUAUUGAGGCCAAGGUGUAUGGGGAGGGGGAGAAGCCAGAGCGUUAUGACGUGAAGAAAGCAUGGCGUCGCAUACGUAAGCAUGAAGAGAUGGACCAGGAACGCAUGUCGCAACAGGAGCUUAAAGCAUACACGGCGCCUCCCGUGAUGGUCACUGGCGCACCGGUCGAGAUAUCUCCUAAUGGUCAAUCAGGCGCAGUGACACCAGACGGCACAGACGGAACCACCGACUGGGGUCUCAGAACCGACACGGAGCCCUUUGACAGCACCCCGCCGGCCCGGUCCGAGGUGGAGGAGCAGCUGAGACACCUGAAUCUCUUGGCUAAUAGCACCAGCACCAAUGAUGAGGAAGAGGAGGAAUUGGCCGAUUACGAUUACAGCUUUUACUAGGAUUACAUGGA